AUGCGGUCUGGAGGUUCUACCAAAUCAGAUCCAGCAGUGGUGCAGGUUCUACCAAAUCAGAUCCAGCAGUGGUGCAGGUUCUACCAAAUCAGAUCCAGCAGUGGUGCAGGUUCUAACAAAUCAGAUCCAGCAGUGGUGCAGACCUUUCCCCCCUCAGAGGAUUCGGAGUGUGAAGAGAUAGCUGAUAAGGAAGUCAGGAUGAGAGCUUCAGAGAACCUGCAGUCCUUCCUAGAGGACAGAGAGAAGUCUGACAUCCUUCUGGAGCUGCAUUUAGAGGCUCUGAAAGCUUCACACCAACAACAACUUGAGCAGAUCAAGCUGCAGCACCAGGCUGGUCUAGAGAGCCGAACUCUGCAGAACUCACUGCUCUCCAUAAACUCUGACGCUCCACUGAAGGCCAACAGACCACAGGGAACUCUCUCUCGUGAUGAAGGCAACUCCAAAAGCAGGGGAAGUAUUUACCUGCCACAGAGAUCCUCCUCUACACCUGACCUGAGCUCCAAGAUGAGCCAGCACAGGCCACUUCACUCUUCAGGAACGUUGAGACCUACCAUGAUCCAUUCACAAGAACCCUGGAGGAAGACACACAUCUGUGCCAAAGAGCCAAAACAAGUAACAACUGACAAAGAAGCGCACGAUUGGGCUGAGUGUCAGAAACAGUUUCGAGUAUCACCUGUACCGGAGCACAUCUUCAAGCUCCUUUAUGAUGAUAUAGUACAGGAGCAGGAACGUGUGAGGCAGGAGGGACGGCAGCAGAGGAAAGAGUUUCUUUUAUCCAUUCAGAAACCCUUUAGGUUUCAUCAAAGAGAGGAGAAGAGAAGGGACCGGUUGAAGCCAGAGACCAGUGCUGAUAAACUGAGUGAAAACAAAAAGGAUGAUGGAAGGAGGAGAUGCGUACUUAAAGCUGUCAUAGACCCAGCAAUUUCUGAACAGCUGAAAGAAAAGGAGCAACAGAGGAAGGUCCGCAUCCAGGCCAGGGCUCAGGAGACUCUCAGGGUGUCCUCUGCUCCCAUCCAGAGCCUGAGUGCCAGAGCCGAGCACCGGGCUCGUAGCUCGCAAAGAACCAAGACCAAAGUGCUGGGGUUCUUAGAUCAGAGUCCAUCCUUCCGACCAAAGACAAAUGCUAAAGUCCCGGACUUUGAUAAGUUGCACCAGGCCUUCCAGAAAGAGGCGAUGGAGAGAACAGAAAGAAGAGAGGUCACACUCUGCCAGCCAUUCCAGCUACGAACAUCAACUCUUCAACCACAUCACAGCAGAAGCAGCACAGAAAAAUCACCAAAAUAUACUGAUAUGAAUGUUUUGAAGAGGAGCAAUUCAUUUAGUGGCUUGACAUCAUUAUCCAGAGAUACUCUUCCAACUUACAUGACCGACGCUGCCAGGAAAAGGUCUAUGGCCAUAAGAAAGUCUCUGGAUCUCAGAGACAGUCAGGAGCAGCAAAAUGCUGAGUGGAUGAGACAACACAGAAUGAACUCUCAAGCCAUGAGCAGAGGAGUUGUAGCACGGGCCAAGGCCAUGGACCCCCACAAAAGUCUGAAAGAAGUUUUUCAGGAGAAACUCAAGCAGCACAGGCAAGCUGAUCAAGAAAGGGUGAAAGAUUAUAAAAAAGAGCUGCGAGAGAUGAAAGCUCGGGUCUCAGCACGUCCUUACCUCUUUGAACAGGUGUCACAGAGAAAUGCUAAGAGUGAUGCCGUGCGCAGAUACAGAAGUACUCUGGAGCAAGAAGGCCUGGAUGAAAAUUUUGUAAGAUCCACAGGAGAAAAUGAUGAAAGCCAGUCAUCAGAAAAUACGGACGCUGAUGGCAACAGUAAUGCUGGUGAUCACAACUUUGAAACUAAUACUCAGCACAGAACACCCUGAAUUCCCAAAGCCCGAGAGGGAGCCACAGAGAAAGCAAGGUCACUCUAGAGCAGAAAAAUCAAAGGUAUGUCACCUGAACACACUCGCACGUGCACGACUAGGAUGCUAGGACAAUUUAAUUCAGAUAUUAUUC